GCUCUGUAUGACGUCAUACAGAAAUUAAAUGCCAGUUUAAUUGAUGUACGCAAAGAGACUGAAAGUGACAGGUCCUGGGUGUACCUUUUAAUAAUUACAAACACAAAAACAUGUCAUCGGCACAUUUAACAACUGGCCGAUUAAAUGUGGGAAUUAUACAAGAACAAGCUAGAAAACAACUCCUUUGCUUGCUUGAAAAAUGUGAUGGCACGAAGGCAAUUAUAUGGGAAGAAUCUCUUGCAGGACCAAUUGGUCUCGUUGCAAAGUACAGUUUGCUCGAGGAACACGACGUGGUUAAAUUAUAUCCAUUAUGUGGUGGGAGCUUGAAUAUUCCACCGAAUAUUGUUAAUAUCAUAUUUAUUACUAGGCCUCAAUUAGAUCUUAUGGAUUUAAUUGCUGAAAAUAUACAUAGUGAGGAUGGUAAAAGGCCACGGAAAGAAUUUCAUUUGUUUUUUGUGCCUCGCAAAAGUCUUGUCUGUCAGAAGAAACUUCAAAAUAGAGGAGUCUUUGGUAGUUUUACCCUAAUAGAAGAAUUUAAAUGUGAUUUGUUUCCUUUUGAUAAUGAUCUCCUUUCCAUGGAACUUAGUGGAUCAUUUAAAGAGUUUCAUUUAGAAAAUGAUCCAACCUGCUUGUAUCAAGUUGCACAAGCCAUUCAUGGUUUACAAAAGUUAUAUGGAAAAAUACCAAAAGUCACAGGAAGAGGGUGUGCUGCUGGUAAAGUUUGGGAGUUAUUAGAAAGAUUAAGUCGAGAAGAAGAGGAAAAUAAAGCAACAUCUGUACAGUCGAGUACUAUAGAGUAUUUACUAUUAUUGGAUAGAUCUGUGGAUUUACUUUCACCCUUAGUUACACAGUUAACAUACGAAGGAUUGAUAGAUGAAAUUUUUGGAAUAGAAGUUAAUACUGCAAAGUUGCCAGCAAGAAGGUUUCAUGAUUCCGAAGAUUCCCCAACAGCCAUGUCUAUUAAUGAAAAAGAACAAAUCAUACUUAAUUCUGGAGAAGAAUUGUUUGUAGAGAUUAGGGAUAAAAAUUUUAAUGGAGUAGGUCCUGUUCUUAGUAAAAAAGCUAAAGUUAUUUCGUCGCAAUUCGAUGAAAGACAUAGAGAUAAAAGCGUACAGGAAAUCAAACAGUUUGUAGCACGAUUACCGCAUAUGUUAGCUACCAAGCAAUCAUUAGCGAAACAUACAACAAUAGCAGAAAUGAUAAAAGAAGUAACAGAUUCGAGUAGCUUCCUAGAAUCAUUGCAGGUUGAACAAGAGUUGCUAAACUGUAUUGACACAGACAAACCAAACGCUUAUAUAGAAGAUAUGAUAGCACAACAACAACCACUUUUAAAAGUUUUACGGCUUCUCUGUAUACAGUCUUUAACAAACUCUGGUCUUAAACCAAAAUUAUUAGACUACUAUAAAAGAGAAAUAAUACAAACGUACGGGUAUCAACAUUUACCAACUAUAUUAAAUUUAGAAAAGGCUGGCUUGUUAAAACAACAACAAUCUGCUCGUCAAUACGCAGUUUUGCGGAAAGCAUUAAGACUGACAGUCGAAGACGAAAGCGAGAUAGCCCCAAAAGACAUUAGUUACGUUCAUUCUAUAUACGCACCGCUAAGUGUUCGAUUAGCGGAGCAACUUGUACAACCAACUGGUUGGCAAGGUUUAAAUGAUGUAAUGGGUUUACUACCAGGUCCUACUAUUAAUAGUGUUCCAUCUAACGUUUUGUCUUCUGGGAGAAGAAAUUCUGUUACUAGCGAAGAUUCUAAUUCUGAACCGCCGAAGCUAGUAAUGGUUUUCUUUAUCGGAGGUUGUACAUUUGCAGAGAUUUCUGCACUCCGAUUUUUGUCUCAACAAGAAGAGUUAAACGUAGAAUUUGUUGUUUGUACUACAAAGCUAAUAAAUGGAAACACAUUUUUGACAUCGUUGAUGGAAAAUUUAGAAAGUACGUAAUUUAUUAAAUUAAAUUAAAUAAUGUUAUUCGAGUUUAUAUUUAAGUUUUGUUGAUAAUUCUGUAUACACUUUCUUCUCAAAACUAUAGGUAAAUUCCUACAGUGAUAAAUGCAUUUAUAUAUGGUAAAGAUUGUUAUGAAUUUGUACCUCACAAAAUCUUUUAUAUGUGUCUUUUAUACGAUUCACAUACAAAAUAUAUAUGUAUAUGUAAUUAGACUAAUUUUUACGUCAUUAAUUAGACGUUAAUUAGCCUCGUUUGUAGAUAUAUAUGGUAAUGACGAUUGCGACAUUACGAUAUACAUAUAUAUAUAUAUAU